ACCAUGAGAGGAGGGCGCCCUGGAGACUUAGUUUCAGCCUAGCGGGAGCGCUCCUGGAGGUCUAGGGGUGGACUCAAAAUGGUGAAAAUGAGGGAGCAUCGGAUCCAGCCGUCGACGACAGCCGGGCUUUCGUUUUCCCCGGACAUCCAAUUAGGGAUCAUCCAGAAAGUACGUCCGUCAUUCGCCGUUACGAACCCUCCAAAUUAAGGCAAUGCAAGCUCUCAUGGCGCCUGAUAGGUAGGCACAAUCUUGCAUGCAGUGCAUGCGUGUAUUGCGGGGUGGCCUACCCCGAGUUUUGCAGGUGCAUAGUUUCUGUAAUUUGGAGGAUGAUUUUGAGAGAAACGGACGUACUUUCUGCGAGGGGGAAAUCACUAGGGUUCGUAGCGUACGGACUAUUUCGUAGUAUUUCUCCUGCCUUCUAAUACCAGGUGGGGUGGAGCAGUAAUUCUUUUUAAAUCCCUUCUGAAAAAUAAAACUGCCCUGCAGGAAUGUGUCAUUGCUGAGGACUUAGAUGUAGACAAAACUGUAAGAACUCUUGUUUUGAACAACAAAUUCUGGUUAAGAGUGAAAACUGUAACUGAGCUACUAACUGCUAUUCAGGUUUCCAUCACACUUAUAGAGAGCAAUAAUGCAUUAUUGUCGGAUGUUUACUAUCUACAGAAGAAAUUUAGUGAAUGUGUUGUGUCUAAUUUGACAAGUAUGAGGCUUAGCUUAAGAGAAAAAAACUAUGUAAAAGAGCUUCUGCAAGAGAGAAAAACCUUCACCAUUGCGCCCAUUCACCUGGCAGCUUACAUGCUAGACCCUAGGUUCAGAGGAGAAGGGUUAGACGAUGAAGAAAUCAUCAAGGCGAUUAGUUUUAUCUCUACAGAAUCAGAGCGGCUUGGUAUAGACCUCGGAGAGGCAAUUGCCAACCUCGGUAAUUUUCGCUCAAAGGCAGCCUUUUUUGCCAUGCCAUCAUUAUGGAAGGCCGCCGAAACCCUACACCCAGCAACCUGGUGGUCUGGUCUGUGUGCAAACCAACCUUUAGCCAAACUUGCGGCAAAUUUACUGUCGCUGCCACCGUCCACAGCAGAUGUCGAGCGAGGCUGGUCAAAUUAUGGAUUUGUGCACAACAAGACUAGAAACAGACUAACAAAUGAUAGAACAGCGAAGUUAGUGACUGUAAGAGCAGGCCUGACUGCUGCACUUCCCAAAGACGAAAGCAGUCGCAAACCACUUCCUGUAAAAAUAUUGGACCAGUACCUACAAGAUGGUGACCGGCGAGAAGAGAGGGGGGACGGUGACACCGGGGAAGUCAGCGAGAGUGACGACGACGGACUUUCGGAGGAAGAGGUAGAUGACGAUUGGACGUUCGACGGAGACGGGGCUAUCACCGAUUCCGACAGUGAGGGUGAGGCAGAGGAAAGAGAAAUGGCAACCGCUGAACCUGGUCCUGAUACUUCAGGCGCUACAGUAACAGCCACGGCCACGGUCCCGCCCCCGGAACAGGCCCAGCCUACUCAACAACCGCGAGUGACGCGAGCAACAGCAGCGCCGAGAGGAACCUCAUCGACCAGCAGCACUAGAUCAAGCAAACGUCAUCGCAAUAAGUAG